CAAGUACCUUACUAAGAAGAAUUUUAAGAUAGUAGUGCAUUAUGGAAAGAUUUGAUAUUAAUUAUAUGGAUCCAUUUAUAAACGCUAUCUUUAUUCCUAUAAUUAAUUAAAAUGAAAUAUUAAUUCGGAUUCUAAGUUCAUUGUAGAUGGAUUUCUCAAAAUAAAUACAAGAAUAUAUAUAUUUUAAAGAACAAAAUGUUUUAUAGUAAUGUGUUUGAAGAUUGGCAUUUUAGAGUUUAGAAAAAUCUUUUGGAUGCGUGAAACUGAAAAAAGAAUUUUAAAACACUCUAUAUGUCAGGAAGAUCUUUUGUAUUGUAAAUAGUUUGUUAAAUUAUUUCUCCAAUUAUUCGUUUAGAAGAUUAUUAAUACUUUAAACCCUUUAGAAUACUAAAAAUUAUUAAUUAUAGUUUACCAUAUUAUUUAUAUGUUUAUGAAAUGCUUUUCAUUUAAAAAAAUGGAACAUUUACUUAUAACUUUAAUAAUUUUAGAAAUUUUGCCUGAUCCAAUUGAUUUGGAAAAUCUAGAAAAGUUUUAGUUGUUUUCUCAUUAAAUUUAGAAUUAUUUUAAAUUAAAAAUGCCACAAUUUGUUAUGAAAAAUUAGAUUUGAAUAACAAUUGAAAUUUCUUUAGAGUUUUUCAAGAUUUUCUGUAUUGUCUUUAAUGUUGAUUGUUUUAUAUUAAAUUGGAAAUUUGGGAUUAUCUUGUUAUUUUUUAUAGAAGACUUUUCAAAUUUACCAAUCUUUUUUAGAGUUGUUCUUUUAUUGGAUUUAAGUUUAUUUUAGAAAUCAAACUUU